AUGACGUCUGCACGCGCUCCGAGUUCCACCCCGGUUCCGACCACAGAGACGGCUGAGUCUGCCGGCGCAACUUCGACGGUGACGGCGCAAGAAUGGGAAUCCAUGGCCGAGUUUGUCAGAAAUGUGUACAACUACCGAAUCGACGAUGACUAUGAUCCCACGAAGCUCUUCCAGCGCAAGGUCAAUAAGCGCGCGGUGCCCGACUACUACGACAUCAUCAAGGAGCCCAUGGCAUUGAGCACCAUCAAGGCAAAAGUCUCGCAAAAGGAAUAUAAGAGUUUUUCUGAAUUCGUGCGCGAUCUCGCACUCAUCCCGCACAAUGCCCAGGUCUACAACCGGCAAGACUCGCAGGCCUAUGUGGAUGCGCUCGAGGUAAAGAAGGUCAUUGAGCGCGAGCUCAAGAGGCUCGUGGACGAAAAGGUCAUCACAGAGGAAGCCGCGACCCUUCCUUAUCUUGGUGAGAUCCCAGAGCAAGACCCUCUUCUGCCCGAAGAAGAGGAAGAGGACGAGGACGAGGAUGACGAAGAGGAGCUUGAAGUGGACGAGGAAGAAGACGACGAAGAGGAAGACGAGGGCGGCAAGCGGAAGAGGAGGCGCGGCCCUCGCUCUACAGCAGCCAUUACGAAGCGCGAAGGCGGUUCGAGGGCGACCAAAGAAGACCCAAAGAAAGACGACGAUCCGGAAUCGAGGAAAAAGCGUGGACGGCCGCCGCGGGUCGAUACGCCCAUGGAAGCACGAAUCAAAACCAUCAUGAAGGGCAUCCGGAAGCCGCGCAAUUCGCUCAACAAGCUCAUGGUCAGUGCAUUCGAGCGCGUACCUGACAAGGCUGUCAUGCCCGAAUACCACGCUGAGAUUAAGAAUCCAAUGGCCAUGGAUAUCCUCAAGCGGAAACUUAAGCGCAAGAAGUACAAUUCGGUAGACCACUUCAUGGUGGACGUGGAGCUCAUGUUUGAGAAUGCCAAGCAGUACAACGAGGAAGACAGCCAGAUCUACAAGGACGCGGUGCAUCUGCAAAAAGAGGCUCGUAAGAUUGCUAAGGCCGAGAAGGAGAAGCCAGACACGGACUACGUCAUGGAAGAGGGACGCAUACCUAUGCCUAAUGGCAUCCUUCACAACGGCGAGCUAUGGAAAGUUGGCGACUGGGUGCACAUUCAAAAUGCAAACGACCUCACCAAGCCCAUUGUCGCUCAAAUCUACCGGACAUGGCAGGAUGCAGAAGGGGGCAAAUGGGUCAAUGCAUGCUGGUACUAUCGUCCUGAGCAGACUGUGCAUCGUUGGGAUCGUCACUUCCUCGAGAAUGAAGUGGUCAAGACGGGGCAGUAUCGUGAUCACCGCAUCGAUGAAGUGGUCGAUCGCUGUUUCGUCAUGUUUGUGACGAGAUACAACAAGGGACGCCCUCGGGACUUUCCGCCAGACAAGGAGAUUUACGUUUGCGAAGCUCGGUACAAUGAGGAAAAUCACAAGCUCAACAAGAUCAAAACAUGGGCCAGUUGUUUACCUGAUGAGGUACGCGACAAGGACUAUGUCAUGGAUCUGUUCGACUCGCAGCGAAAACUUAAAAAAGUACCCAGUCCAAUUGCAUACUUGCUAAAGGACGAACAAACCGAAGACGACGACCUUCCGAAGCCUGAAUGGGGCGCUGAAAAUGCUCCUCCAAAGAUUGGCGCCGUUCAUCGUCGCCCUCGUGACCCCAAGGAUUCACCACCACCUGAGCCAACUCCACCACCUCCGCCAACACCUCCGCCCGCGCCGGUGAUGCCCACACCAAGCGUACCCGCUGCCUCGUCGCAUGUGUACGACCCAUCAAGAAGUUACUCCAUUGCGCAAGCCCCCACUCUCACCCCAAUGCCUGCUGCAACGCCUCAACACAAUCACAUUGCGCCUGCAUACACGCCAACUCAUGCACAGCACUAUCACUCUCACUCGCAGUCGCCAGCACCGCACAUCCACCAGCAGGUUGCCCAAGCACCAGCCUACCAACCCAUCACGCCCCACGUCCCCUUCACCCCCCAGCCCACUGCGCCCAUGCAGUCAUUCCAAACCCCUCGUCCAACACCCGCCGGCUACCAACAACCCUACCCCCAGCAUCCAGCCUCGGGCUACAAGGCUCCGCAGCCCAUUGAAGUCUAUGUCCUCAACGACCACGCCAACGCCGGCAUACCAGAAGACAUACGCCAGCAAUUCCAGCGCGACGACAAGGGCCGCGUCCUCUUCUUCACCGCCCCCCCACUCAACAUCCAUCAGCCCCUCACCAAAGACGGCCAUGCCCUCGGCCACUCAGCCCGCUACCUCGCCGCCAAAGCAAGGAAAGAAGCCCUCCGGGCCGCCAAACGCAAAGCCGACGACGCCACCCUCGACCCGCGCCAGACCACGGCGAAACAGGCAAAAGCCACAGAGACACAACUCCAAUCCGCCAUCCACCAACUUGGCCUCAAGGCCCUCGGCGCACUCGAGGACCAGCUCGCCGCUGCGACAAAGGCUGAGCUUCAAGAUGCGUUUGGGGCGCGCGCGGACUCGGCGCUGCGGGUUUUGGUGGAUGAGUUGGCCGAGGCGCAGGUCCGGGCUGGGCGGGCGCAGGUCGAGCGGGCAAAGUAUGUGGAGGGGAGGGAGAGGGCGAAGAGGGUUGCUGUGAGGGGGAUGACGGGGCGGUUGGAGGAUAAGUAUUAG